UUCAAAAAUGAGGUAUGAUAGCCUCGAACCCCGAAGGUAUUUGUCGCAACCAGUGGAAGGUCGAGGCUAGACGCUAGACGGCACUGCAUGCUUCACAAACAUCAACAAUAAUGGCGGCCGUCUUGAAGAAGAGGGCUUUGGCUGAGUUCAGUCAAGUCCUUCAGGAAGAGCCACCGAAACCAUUGAAGAAACUAUGCAUAUCAAAGAAGCCAACUGCGCAGAAAGUAAUAAGUGUCGCAGAAAUCCUCAAGUCGGGAAGCACAGCGGAUGUCACUUUGAUGCUUAUCCAGCUUUCCGAAUCAUUGCCAACGGAGGCAGAAGAAGUUGGCAACGCGUACAGGGCCCUGGUCGAACAUUAUAGUCAAGAAAAAGAGACUUUGAUACGCGCAAAGCUGAUUUCUGUGAUUGGUCAAAUGGUGAAGACAAGUGGCUUGGAUCCCAGCAUGGUUCUAGACGACAUUGUGUUACUUCUAAAGACGGAAACGUCUCAUGUCGUUCUAGCAGCAUUGGUGGAUACACUCCAUGCUGUUGGUCUGCAAUCAACGAAUGACAAGAGAGUGCAGCAGAAAGUGAUCCACCUUGGAAAGCAGACGUUAUCAGACACAAACCAUAAGGUGAAAUGCAAGUGCCUUUACUUGCUGAGUAACCUUAUGCCCACAGACGGAAAACCAGAUGCUGUUGCUGGUCUCAUCAGCAUCAUUAGUGAGUAUACUACAAACCAAGACCCCAGGGUGAGAACAGAGGCAUUGCAAGCGAUGUUGCAUCUCAACGACCGAGGACUCAAGCUUGACAGGGCCGUAUACGAACAAGCGACGUCUGCUCUUGGUGAUGAUUAUGAAAGUGUCCGAAUCGUGGCAUUGAGGCUUGUUGAAGUACUCAGUCACGUCUAUCGAGAUCAGCUGGUGAAAGUGAAGAAUAGUCAGGAGCAGAUAUUGUUGGUGGACGAUGCAUUUGCCAAAAUAUGCCAAAUGAUAAAUGACCUUUCAAUGAGUGUCAGGAUAGAAGCGGCAUCUUUACUGGGUAAGAUGGACCAUGUGAGUCCUUGCUUCUUGGAACAAACACUGGAUAAAAAGCUUAUGUCAAAUCUGAGGAGGAAGCAGUCAGCCCAUGAGAGACAGAAAGAGAACUACGAGAGUGGAGAAUGGUCGUCUGGCCAGAAAUGGGCAGACGAUGCACCUCGUGAAGAAUUGGAUGCGCAGAACGUCAACCUCAUGGGCUCCGGUGCCUGCGGCGCAUUCGUGCACGGCCUUGAAGACGAGUUUCUCGAGGUCCGUAUGGCCGCACUUGACUCACUAUGUAAGCUGGCUCUCAGGUUUCAUUCAUUUGCGGCUCAGUCCCUCGACUUUGUCGUUGACAUGUUCAACGACGAGAUUGAAGAAGUUCGCCUGAAAGCGAUUAAGUGCCUCGGCUGUAUAAGCAACCAAAUAGUCUUGCGUGAGGACCAGCUGGAGACCAUUCUGUCUGUACUAGAGGAUUUCUCUAUGGAUAUUCGAGAAGCGCUGCAUGAGCUGCUCGGAAGCUGCUGUCUUUCAACUAAAGCUGGACUCAAAGCCUGUGUGGAUAACCUGUUAGAGAAUCUCAAACGAUACCCUCAGGACAAGCGCUCCAUUUGGAGGUGUCUCCGCUCUUUAGGCAACAAACAUCCAUACCUUACGCUACCACUGGUUCCGGAAAUGUUGGGCAUUCAUCCCUAUUUUGACCUGCCUGAACCUGAUGUGGAAGAUCCAUCUUAUAUCAGCAUUCUUAUCUUGGUUUUCAACGCUGCAGCAUCAUGCCCUACAAUGAUGCCUUUGUUUGAAGAGCACACACUGAGGCAUUACUCAUACCUGAGAGACUCAUUUCCUAACUUAGUUCCACAGCUAAAGCUGCCAAAUCAGCAAUGUCACAUCGUAGAUAUGGGUCCUUCAUCCCUGGCACAAUCUCACACCUUCUUGCAUCAAGUCCUGGAAAGGGUGUCAGCAGCUGAACACAAGCAUUCUACUGCCCGACAAGGCUGGCUUGAGACUGCUAUUAGUGAUUUACAGCGACUCGCUGAAAUUGAACCACAGUUAUCUGCAGCCGCUGAAUGUGCAAGCUUCUACAUUCAGUGCCAGCUACUUCUAGCAAAAAUCUUGUCAAAUAAAAGUUGGCUGAACUUCUCAGCUGUGUCACCAUUACAGAGUAACAUGCUGAAAACACUUUUGGAACAGCUACUGCAGCAGACGUUCAAUCUCAAUCACAGAUUUUUGGGCCUGGAAAAGCAAGAGCUGGCAGCUCUGAAACAACUGCGUCUACGAGCCCUUGCUCUGCAGCUGGUUGUGGUAAUCAAAGGAAGCAAUGCCUCAGCCUUGGGUCUCUGCGAGGCUUUCCUUGACCAAGUGGAAAUGUUGCAAACGUUUCUGGAAGAGAACGAGCUGCAGCCAGACACCUUCACGGCCGCAAUGUUUCGCGACAUGGAUGCGCUCGAGGAACCAAAACCAGGGUCCGUGGCAAGAGUGCUUCAGCCGUUGAUUCAGGCGCAUUCCUGUCCGACUUUGAAGCUGUGUUGCCACACAAGUGAGCAAGGUGGCACAGGUUUGGAGAGGAUCAGGCAGACCAAGGCAACGAUAUACGAACCCGCGGGGGAGACAGAUCUACCUCAGAAAUUUACGGCCGGGCUCGUGCUGGGAGUGACUUUGGAUGCAGAGAUUGAAAAUGUGCAAGAUGUCAAGAAUGUCAGGGUCAAGGUGAAGUACCCGGACAAACAGGUACAACUCAUCCUUCCUCGACUGGCAGACUUCAGGCAGCUGGAGGACCUCAAGUAUAGGCUGUACACAACCGUGCUUCUGUCACAUGGCGUAUGGUCAGAAGCCUUACACGUGGAGAUUGGCCUUGUGUUAGAUUUCUCCGAUACAGAAUCCGCGCACAGCAAAGGCGCCCAAAAAAGUGGUUUCGGACUGAAAGUGGAAGACCAGACGAUCGAGUUGUGUAAAACUGUGAAAGUGUACAUUGCGCCGAAGCCCAUCAAAAAAGGAAUAUAAAGAACGUGUUUGAAGGUAACA